AUGUCCACCUCUUCAGUAUCAGGAAGGCCUCCACGGCCGGAGAGUAAUCUCGGUAAAAUCGAGGAAAGCGUUACGAACCUUCUCCGUGCCACCAAGGAACUCCUAGAAACCCUCACCAGAUGGUCGAGAGGGCAAGCUAGCGAACAAGAUGUCUCGGAUGUCUAUGUGAAACUCGGUUCUCAUUUCAACAUAGCAUGUCGGGCUUUCACUGCUAUCGGCGUCGAGACUGCCGAUCUGGGCAAUGUCCCGGAAAUCUUAAGAACCGUGCUCGAGAGCACCCUUAGUCAGCCAGAGGCUUCACCACAAAGCCUGGAAAUAUAUCUCCCAAGAAUUAGGGAAAUAAUAAUAAAUUUACUCCAAGGACUCAAACGGAAGCAAAAGAAGUUAGCGUCGAGGCCUCCGAGGGAUAUUCCCUCGGCCCCUCCGCAGGCACGCGUACCAGAUAUACCAGUCGCAGGAGAAUACAUGCCACCACAGGUUAACAACCGAGAUUCAUCUAUCAGGCGGAGCAAUCGGAUGGAAGAACAACCAUACAGCGAGGUAGAACGGACAGCUCCUCCACGGACGUCCUCUCUUCCGCAGGGUCCCAUGCCCGCCGCGAUCUCGUAUCAAAUGCCGUCGGAGCAAGAUUUCAUCCAUCCAAAUGCUCCGCCAAACGGUGCCGAACAACACCCACCCCGGCCAGAAGAAUGGCCCCAGCCACCCCCACCUCCGAAACAAGAUGCACUUGCAGCUCUGCAAAGAGGAGAUGCUCUCGAGCGAAGAGCAUCCAGGAGAUACUCGGCCUAUCAUAUCUCAAAGCUGACGGGGACACCCCCGGGCAUGGUACCGAUGCUCCCUGGUACUCCGUCUGCGGUUCCACGUGCUCGGGAAUCGAGAGAAUCGCUAAAUGCGAUGAGGACAGGGAUGCAAAAGGCCAGGGAAUCUGUUACGAAAACAUCUCGGCCACAGUCUAGAGCGCCGACACCCCAGCCAGCGAUACCGGAGGAUGCUCCGGGUGAACCUAACCAACCCGUUGAAAAGUCUGCCGAACCUGUAGCGCCUAUUCCACCACCGCCUGCAGUAGUUAUAGAACCUGAGACACCCACAUCGCCGGUAGCAGUACCAGGACCACCCAAGCAAGAACUUCCACCGCAAGCAGAAUUACCAUCAGCCCCGCCUGUUAAACGCCAAUCGAUACAGGAGCCUACCCUCACCGCCCACCCCCACGAUGAUUCUAAAGAGGCGGUUUCUCUGCGACCCGAUUCUUCAGGCACGACCGCGAGCAGCAAAGAGUUAACACUCUUUUUACAACUCGGUAGGUCUGUUAAGAAGGUCGUAGUCCACGAAGGUGUAGACGAUUUGUCAAUAAACAGCCUAAGACUUCUUUUCAUCUCCAAGUUCAGCUACAAUCCGCCAUCCGGAGAUGACUUUCCGGAAAUCUACGUUCACGAUGCUCACUCCGGUAUCAGAUACGAACUCGAAGAUAUGCACGACAUCAAAGACCGUUCGGUUUUAUGUCUCAAUAUUGAGGUUCUAGACGAAGUCAAACGCCAUAUCGACGAUGGUAUAGUAGGCCUCAAGGGCGUCAUCGAAGGACUCCACAAGACAAUCGAAUCGCAGGGCAAGUCUAUCCAACAAAUUGUUGAAACACAAGACGAAAACACAAGAUCGAUAGCAGAAAUUUCGAAACGAUCGUCUAUUCCACUACCGAUGACACCUACAACACCUACUCCCACCCAAACCAUGAAAAGCAAAGUCCCAAGCGUCAGCGUGCAAAGCAAACUUAAGAAGGGCGACCACAGCGAGAUGCUCAAGAGCGUUAAAUCUACUCAAAAGAACAUUGCGGUCCUACGCCAAACAUAUGACAGCCUAACUAGUGAUUUCAAGUCCGAACUCCAAACCCUACGCACAAAAGUUGAAGCUUUCAAGAAAAUCCCAGUGGAAACCGCCCCAAAGGGUCCCUUAACGGCCGACGGCAUCUCCGCUCAGCGCAUGAAAAUAGUUACAGGAAAAGAUGCAUUUACGGUAGACUCCGACAACCUAGUCGCCAAAGUCGACGACCUACAAGAUGUAAUCGAAGAACUCCGCAAAGAUGUCGUCAGCCGCGGUGUCAGACCGUUACCCCGACAGAUCGAACAAGUUUCCCGCGACAUGGUUGCCGCUCGCGUGGAGUUACGCAAGAUGGGCGAUUACCUUAAGCGAGAAAAACCGUUGUGGAAAAAACUCUGGGAGCGCGAACUGGAAUUGGUCUGCGAGGAGCAGCAAUUUUUCAAUUUACAAGAUGAACUGUAUGCAGACUUGCAGGAUGACCUCGAUAAGGCGAGUCAAACAUUCCAGUUGGUGGAAGAGUGUACACAACAGCAGCUUAAGGUGCCCGCCGGCGGGGUGAGAACCGCCAGCCGAGGAUACGUACCACCGAUUGACGAUUCGGCGGACCCCGGCCAAGCAAAAGACGGGGUUUUGGGAGAAAUCAGAGCGUUAAGACCAAACCAUUCAGAUAGACUUGAAGCUAUCGAGAGAGCAGAGAAGAUGAGACAGCAAGAUUUGGAGGGGAGACAGACACCAUUUACGCAAGAGCUCGGGAAAUUCGUGGAGGAGAGCAAAUUAAAGAAAUCAGGUGGAGUUAUGGAAAUCGAGCGACAGCGACUACAACGAGAUGAAGCGCAUAGGAAGAAUUACUUCAAGAAGUUAGAGAGCCAAGGUGAUACACGAAGUAAUGCGAGCGAUGAAACGAUAACGACGGAUAAAUUGUUGAAUUCGAUCUCGGCAGAUCAGGAGGCAGCGGCUACGUCGGCGGCAGAGGUCAAUGGUGAAGUCCAGCCCGCUGAAGGUGACCAAGUUCCAACAUAG